AUGGACAUAGGAAUGGAACGACGAUCCUCCUUCGCGACCUUCCCCACCGCAUCCCCUGAAGAUAAGGUCAAGUGUGCCAUUUGUUUGGGAGAUUUGGUAAACCGGAGCUACAGUAAUUCGUGUAUUCAUCAAUUUUGUUUCGGCUGUCUUCUGGAAUGGUCAAAGGUUAAACCUGAGUGUCCAUUGUGUAAGAGUACGUUUAGAGUAAUCUACCACAACAUUCGAAGCAACGUCGACUUUGACGAAUACGUAGUGCCCACUCCUCCAACUCCUAUCCCAUCUUUGUCAAUUAGAGUUUCGUCAGGACGGUCGGAUCGCUCUCCUGAACUACUCAUCACGAGAGGAAAUCAUGAGUUUGAACUUCCUAAUUAUGGUGGCUUUCACUACAGGACUCCACCACUCUUCAGGGAUCCAAGGGUUUAUAGAUUGCAACUUGGUCAGUUCGGGAGCAGUCGAAAUGAUGCGAUCGAUGUAUUGCUUCAUGGGCAUCACGGUCACUCUAGUCAUUAUCCUCCUCCACACCCAAGCUCCGCCAGUUCUGUGUUUCAUGAAAAUCCAUUCAAUGAUGACCCUCCAGAAUUUUUUGGAGGCAUUCUUGAUUUGGCUGCUCGUGCGCCAUACAACCACUCGACUCGCUUUAGCGGUUAUCAAAGUAGACGCAGACGGUACGAUCGGAACCAAUGGGUUGCACCAUUCAGCUCUACGCUUAUGGUGGGUACCGUGUUUUUCCCAUCCGUGGAAUACUUUCAACAGCAUCCGGGCGCGAUAAGAAGAAUUUCUACGUGGCUCCACCGAGAACUUACCGUUUUAAUGAGUCUUGCUAGUUCAAGAACUCAGAUGGCAUACACUUAUGAUCUUGUGAUAUCUCUCCUACUCCGAUAUGAUAUACGAUCCCAGGACUUUCGAGAUUUGCUCAGACCUUACUUGGGAGCAAAAACGAAGCAGUUCCAACACGAAUUUUAUCAUUACGUAUUAUCUGGGAUGCGGAUGGAAGAAUUUGAUAACGUUGCCCAAUACCACUCGACAGGAGGUUCAUCUUCAGCAGUCAGGCCUGGUGAAAAUCCUCAUAAUGUGCAACCAGCCGUUGUUACAAUUGACUCUGAUGAUGAUACUCCAGAAAUUGUCAUUGAUGAUGAUGAUCCUGGUACCACAACUCAGAGCAGUAACCAUCAUCGGCCCCGUAGAUCACCCGGCAGGACUCAUUCUUCUUCCAGACGAAAUGGUGGUUCAAGUCGAAGAGGUCAUGAAUCUAGACACCGUAGUAGUGGUGGUGGUGGUGACAAUCAUUCAUCUUCGAGACCACUCAACUCUGGUGGAAGCUUCAACUUUCCUUCAAUUGAUAUCUCAUCAUCAGAAUCCACAGAACCAUUUAAUGCGUCAAGAUUGGACAUUGUUAAUGCAUUUAACGAAAUUGAUACGGAGGUUCAACGACUUCGUAAUAUUCAAUCCUCCAAUCGGUCGUCGAGAAGAUCACCCAAUGUGUCCCGUGAUCCAGAAAUGCCAAUUUUGGAACCACAAGUAGAUUUGAAUAAUUGAGCAGUUCGGGAACUC